AUAUCUCUCCUCCGCACAUGCUGAAAAUCUCUUGCACACACGAGGAGACACACACACACACACACACACACACACACACACACACAGUCAGCUGAAUUUAAGCACAAAUAAGUCAAUAUUUGACCAGACUGGACUGCACAGGAAAGAAGAAACAAAAGAAAAAAGAGAAACCUUGAACUUGGACACAAGGACUUGAAGUGUUUUUCAGCGCAGGUGGAUACAAACUUUCCUUAAACUCUUGGGUCAAACAAAGCAAGAAGGAGUUUGUUGUUUUCUUAUUUAGUGCUGGACUUUUGGACUCAGACUGGGCGAGAGCACAGUAAGAGGAAGAAGAUGGGGAGAUGGACAUUACAUCUCUCAGUGGGGCUCGGGCUUGUAGCCGGCCUCUUAACCUGCUGUUAUGCUGAAGUGAAUUACUGCUUCGCUUCCAGUAACAAGACCUGUUCAGAAUGUCUGCAGGCUGGGAUAGGUUGUGUCUACUGCUCUGAUGAGACCUUUACUGGCUCUCGCUGUGAUCUGUCUAAGAACCUACUCGCCCGUGGCUGCGGCGCUGCAACUAUCAUCACAGCUCAAAGCAGUAAAGUCACUGAACAGGCCCAAAAAAUCAACAUGAGUCUUCAGCAGUCUCAGGUGUUUCCACAGCAGGUGAGCAUGACCUUUCUGCCAGGAGAGGAGAAGCUGGUGGAUGUCGAGGUGUUUGCUCCAACCAAAGGCCCCCUGGAUCUUUAUAUUCUUAUGGACUUCUCCAAUUCCAUGGCUGACGAUUUGGACAACUUGAAGAGGAUGGGCAAAGAUCUGGCUACACUGGUGGAAAAGUUGUCAGAUGACUACACCAUCGGCUUUGGAAAGUUUGUGGACAAAGUGACUGAGCCCCAGACUGAUAUGAGACCCUCCAAACUUAAAGAGCCAUGGCCAAACAGUGACCCUCCAUUUGCUUUCCAAAAUGUCAUCAAGCUGACCAAUAACUUGGAGUUCUUCACCAGUGAGCUCCAGAAAGAGAAGAUAUCUGGCAAUCUGGACCCUCCUGAAGGGGGUUUUGAUGCCAUAUUGCAGGCAGCAGUUUGUGGGGAGAGGAUUGGUUGGCGAGACCACAGCACACAUCUCCUGGUUUUCUCCACCGAGUCGGCCUUCCACUAUGAGGCCGACGGUGUUAAUGUGCUAUCAGGCAUCCUGCCGCGAAACGAUGAGCUUUGCCACCUGAAUGCAGACGGCAAAUACACAGAGCAUACAAGUCAGGAUUACCCUUCAAUACCCACACUGGUCCGUUUGCUGGGCAAACACAACAUCAUCCCCAUCUUCGCUGUCACCAACCACUCCUACACGUACUAUGAGAAACUCAAAGAGUAUUUUCCCAUCGCUGAGGUCGGGCGUCUACAAGGAGACUCAUCCAAUAUCCUGCAGGUCAUGGAGGUUGCAUUUAAGAAUAUUCGUUCUAAGAUGAGCAUCCGUGCAGAAGACAGACCCAAGGUUUUCGAGGCUAAGUUCUUGACCACCGCUGGACUUGUUGCAGAAUAUGGGACCUUUGAUUUCAAACCUGGAGCAAUAGGCAAGUUCAAGAUGCGUCUCAAAGCUCAGCGAAUGAUUGAUGAGAAACUUGCCUGUGAGAUGCAUCCGAAUGAAAAAGAGGGAACAAUGAGAGUCAAACCUACCACCUUCAAUGCUGCCGUCAACGUCAGGGCCUCAGUUUUCUGUCCAACCUGUGAAUGUCAGAAGACUGUCAUCAAUAAGGCACCUAGAUGCCAUGGAAACGGAGACCUGGUGUGUGGGAGGUGUCGGUGCUCUCCUGGCUGGCUUGGUACAUUCUGUAACUGCUCUUCAAGCUCUUCAGCCCUGGACACCAACCAAUGUAUAGGUCCAGGCAUGACAGAGCCCUGUUCAGGUCGUGGAGACUGCCUGGGGUGUGGAAUCUGUGUGUGCUACAACCGAGAUCAGUUUGAAGGACCCUACUGUCAGUACGACAAGACCCAGUGUCCAAGAUACGCAGGCUUCCUCUGCAAUGAACGUGGCUCUUGCAUCAUGGGUCGGUGUGCAUGUACAGAAGGUUGGAUGGGCAAUGCCUGUGAGUGUACCAUGAGCAACCAGACCUGUCUGGACAGAAAUGGGAAUGUCUGCAAUGGGCGAGGUCGUUGUGUAUGCGGUCGCUGUGAGUGUCAAGAUUCUAGUAUGGAGAUGACUUCAGAUUGUGAGCCACUUUUCCAGGCCCAGUUGGGUGUGUGUGAGGGUACGAGGAGUUGUGUCCAGUGUAAAGCCUGGAAGACAGGAGAGAAGAAGCAGAAAGAGGAGUGUGAUAAGUGUCCCGUCAAAAUUAUCAUGGUGGAUGAACUCAAACAACAGGAGCAGGAGAUUCAAUCAUGCAGUUUCCGUGAUGAGGAUGACGACUGCACAUUCUACUACACUGUUGAAAACCGAGAUGAAAUUCAGGUGCUCAAGAAGAAAGAUUGUCCUCCUGCUAGCCUCUGGUGGUUGCUCCCCCUCAUCCUGUUCCUCUUGUUACUGCUGGCACUUUUGCUGCUCUGCUGCUGGAAAUUCUGUGCCUGCUGCAAAACCUGCUUGCAGAGCUGUCUUGCCCUGCUACCUUGCUGUAGGAGAGGUCGCAUGGUUGGCUUCAAGGAAGAUGAAUAUUUGCUCCGCCAGUCUCUCCUGACCUCAGACCAUCUGGACACACCGAUGGUGAGGACUGGCCCACCCAAAGGAACUGAUGUGGUUCGCUGGAAGGUCACAGAUAACGUACACCGAGGACCCAAUCACCCCCAGGCUCUGUUAAAGCCCAACCCUAAAGAGACCAUCCAGCUCCCAAUCUCAGUCCGACUAAACAGGUUGUUCUCUGAGAACCUAUCUCGCUCUGACUCCAGAGACGCCGAACUGCUCCGCAAGGAGGUGGCCGAUAAUCUAAAUGAGGUGUACAAGCAGAUUCCUGGAGCCCAGAAGGUGCAAAAGACUGCAUUCAGAAUGCAAAGAAAUGCUGGAAAAAGGCAGGACUACACCAUCAUGGACACUGUUCUGUCUGCUCCUCGCAGCAGCUACCCUGAUAUUGUCAAACUCACUGAGAAAAAUGUCCAGUCUGGAAGUUUCCAGGACCUCAAAGUUGUGCCUGGAUACUACACAGUAGCCACAGACAGAGAGGCUGCGGGAGCCAUAGAGUUCCAGGAAGGUGUUGAGUCAGUAGACGUUCACGUGCCGCUCUUUGUCAAGGAUGAAGACGAUGACAAGAAGCAGCUGCAGGUGGAGGCUGUGGAUGUGCCACUGGGCAUUGCAGAAAUUGGCAAACGUUUGGUCAACAUCACCAUCAUAAAAGAGCAUGCCACCAGUGUCUUCUCAUUCCUCCAGCCGGCCUACACUUACAGCAGGCAGGAUGGGGUGGCCAACAUCCCAAUCAGCAGAGAGAUCAUAGAGGAUGGACGCACACAGGUCACCUACCGCACACGAGACCUCACAGCCAAGGAUAAGAAGGACUAUGUUACUGUGGAAGGAGACCUGACCUAUGGUCCUGGUGAGACCCAGAAGACAGUUCCUGUUCGCCUGCUGGAGCUGAGUGAGAAGGAUGGCCUCUUGGAAGACAAACAGGUCAAGCAGUUUGUCAUGGACCUCAGUAACCCACGGCAGGGUGCUAAGCUGGGACGUUAUCCGAGAACUACUGUUACCAUUGCAGAUGUACCAGAGCCCAGUGUUAUGAUGUUCAAAAAGGGUACCCAGACCUUCACUACAUCUGACCCAACCUACACCAUCCCUGUGGUCCGGACGCGCAACCAGGACAGCCCUGCCUCAGUGAAAUGGCGUACCAAGAAGGCCCAGCGCUUUGAUCUAUCUGGUCCUCUGAAAUUUGGUCCUGGAGAGACUGAAAAGAACAUAGUGAUUGACCCGAAAGCCCACCCUGGCCCAAUCCAGCCAGAGACCUUCCAACUGGAACUGUUUGACCCAAGUAGCAAUGCUUCUCUUGGAGAGAGGAAGACCACUCUUGUUAAUGUCACAGGUGGAGGUCCCAGAUCUCCAGAAAUGAUGGAAAUGCAGGAGAAAAGCUACAUAAACCGGAAUGCUACCUCUCCUGGUGGUCAUCUUCUCGCCCCGGCAAACCCUAAGGCCAAAGCCACUGGACCCAGAAGCAUUCGCCUCAACUGGGACCCACCACCUGGCAACCCAUUGGGGUACAAGGUGAAGUACUGGAUUUAUGGUGACCCAGAGAAAGAUGGCCAGGUCUUAGAUGUGAAGACUCCUCAAGCUGAGUUAACCAACCUGUACCCCUAUUGUGACUAUGAGAUGCGAGUGUGUGCCUACAACGCCAUGGGAGAUGGUCACAAUACCAACAUUGUUACCUGUCAAACUCUGGAGGAUGUGCCUGGUGAACCUGGUCGUCUGGCCUUCAAUGUCAUCAGUCCAACUGUCACUCAGGUCAGCUGGGCAGAACCUGCAGAAACCAACGGCAACAUCACAGCUUAUGAGGUCAUCUACACACCCAUCGAUGAUGAACAGAAGCCUAUGGGACCAGCUAAGAAAGUGAAGAUUGACAAUCCCAAGAAGCGAAUGCUGUUGAUUGAGAACCUCCAGAACGCCCAGACCUACCAGUACAAGGUCCGUGCGCAGAAUAGUGUGGGCUGGGGCCCCUUCAGAGAUGCUACCAUCAACCUGGCAUCACAGCCUGCCAGACCUUUGUCCAUUCCCAUCAUUCCAGACAUCCCUAUUGUGGAUGCUGAGGCAGGAGAUGAGUAUGAUAGCUACCUGAUGUACAGCAAUGAGGUGAUGAAAUCCCCCACCUCCAAGACACCCAGCGUCUCUGGUGAUGAUUACUUGAUCAAUGGGAAGUGGGACCAGAACUUCCUUUUCCCAGGGGGGUCAGUGACACGCAAUUUGUCAACAUCAUCCUCUCCUAUGUCCACCCUGAGCUCAAACUACAGAGGGGCAGGUGGCUCUUUCACCACAGAAACAAGCACCACCUACCUGUCCGGCCCAGGAGGCUCUCGCAGACCGGAUAUGCUUGGAGGUGGCAUGCACACAUCAGAUGUCAUCUUGAGGAAGCGCUCAGAGAACAGGAGUUACACAGAUGAGAACAUCCGGGACUCUAUUGUCAUGGGAGAUGUGUCCAGCAAGUUCUCGCCUUUAAUGCCAUCAGGUGGUUUCGGCUACACUGGGAUGCAGAGCAGCUCUCAGAGCCAGUUCAGCUACAGCCUGUCUCAGGGCUCCAGGGCCAGGACCCAGUCUUCAGAUGUCAACGAAGCCUUAUAUAAUCUUGACAGGGUGCUCUACGAUGCACGUCUUUCUCCUGGUAUCCCAGACACCCCCAGCAGACUGGUGUUUUCUGCUCUGGGACCAACUGCCCUCAAAGUCAGCUGGCAGGAGCCCCAUUGUGAGAAAGACAUCCUGGGCUACUGUGUCUUCUAUCAGCUGCUCAACGGAGGUGAAGUGAAACGCAUCAAUGUGACGAACCCAGCAGAGAACUCUGUGAUCAUCCAGGACCUGCUGCCCAACCACUCCUAUCUGUUUAAGGUGAAGGCUCAAAGCCAGGAGGGCUGGGGUCCAGAGAGAGAGGGAGUCAUCACCAUUGAGUCUGCCGUUGACCCCAAGAGUCCCCUCAGCCCCAUGCCGGGCUCGCCAUUUACACUGAGCACUCCCAGUGCCCCGGGUCCCCUCAUCUUCACUGCUCUGAGCCCUGAUUCUCUGCAGCUCAGCUGGGAGAAACCUCGCAAACCCAAUGGAGACAUCUUGGGCUAUGUAGUCACCUGCGAACAGCUGCAUGGUGGAGGAGAUGUACGUUCCUUCCAGGUGAACGGUGACAGUGCUGAGACCAGUCUGACUGUCCCAAACCUGACUGAGAACAUUCCCUACAAGUUUAAAGUUCAGGCUCGAACCACACUGGGCUUUGGUCCAGAGAGGGAGGGCAUCAUCACCAUCGAGUCCCAGGAUGGAAGUGCUUUGUCUCAGUACAACAACCAGUCGAUGACAAGAAGAGAAGUAUUCCACUUGCCAACAGAAGUCACCACACGAACCAACGUCUCACACACUAUGCUCAACGACCCCUUCUUCUCAGACGGGAUGAUGAUGACCACACAGCACACAGAGAGCGGUGGCGUGAUGACCCGUCACAUCACCAAGGAAGUGGUUCAGAGGAGUGUCACCGGAGGAACAACCGUCACGAAGAAGAUGCUUUAUGAAUCUUAAGAUCUUAUUUAACUGGACCCCAAAUCAACACCCAAAGGUUAAACAUGCCGAGGAAUCAUAUCUGAGAUUCUCUUUUAAAAAGAGUCCGCUUCAGAGUCCUCACACACGAUCAGUGGAUGUUUUUAUAUGUGUGUGUGCGAUUCUGCAACCAAAAAAGAUUUUAUGAAAGAAAUACCUGGAGAGGAGGCCGUUCUCUCAUGUCUGUUACAAACUGUGGCCACUUUUUUCCAUAGUUGAGGUUCAUUUUAACAGUACCAUAAUUUUCACUGUUGCUUUUUGAUAUAUUUCUUUCCAGUUUCUCUACAGUAAGGAAAUAAUUUAGUUGAAGGUUGCACUCCCUCUGUCAGUUCAGCUCUGGUAACAACACACUGGGGCUUUAAAUGAGGCCAGCACUGGCCAGUAAUCUGACUGUGGUUCAGUAAUCCAAAGUGGCCUCUCCCCUCCAUCACCUGUCCCCAGACCUUCCUGUAAGAGAUGAUCCGUCUGCAUGUGAUGUGUUUUGAAACCUGCCAAAUUACAAUCCUGACUGAAAUGUCAGUCUUUCUGAGAUGCACCUGUUUGCAAGACACUCUCUAGAAACUGGUGUAGAUUCUCGCUACAGUUAGGUUCAUUUUCUUCCAAGUGGUCCUAUCCAGAGCGAUUGAGAGUCAGAUUGGUGGAACGUGUGUUCACAGAUGUGUAUUAUAUGAAAGUGUGAUAUUUUAUCCAUAUUUAAUACUUUUUAAGAUUUUCACUUACACAGACAUUUCUGCAAACAGAGGUUUGUGCUUGUGUUACUCAUUUAUAAGCCCAUUUCCUACUGACAAGCAAUAGGUAUGAUCUCAAAUCUCUUUUAGAUGUAACUUGGUUUUGCUUUUCAUAAGAGACUUUAUACUCAAAAAUGUGGUAUACACUGCUUCAAGAUGAUACAUUUGAUGUUUUUGUAACUCUGCAAGGCCAUUGUAUUUAGCAUUUUGGAUAGAUUAACAUCUCUGUAUCCGGACUAUGAUGUUAUACAGUGUGUAAAGACAGAAAGAUUGUAUUUGCUUAAAUGCAAGUCCUGCUAUAUUUUGGCUUCAGAGUUUGAUGAGAAACAGCUUUCAUAAAAUGGCAUUUUUAUCAGGAAAUACAGUUAAGUGCAUCAGCUUUUACAAAACAAACUCAGUAAAGUAUUCAUGUCAUGUAUUGCUUACUUUUAAGCACUUACCUUUUGUAUUUUUAAGUCAGUUUUAUUGCA